AUGAGGAGGAUUUGGCAUCCAAUUAACUUCAAUCUUUCUUCGUUCAUUUUCCCAUCAGAUUUAAGUGUGUUUUUAUCCUACAGUGAUGAUUGCUUUUUUCCUCCUGAUCUAUCUAUCUAUCUAUCUAUCUAUCUAUCUAUCUCAGAGCACUUCAUAUCUAUCUAUCUAUCUAUCUAUCUAUGUUCAUAUUUAUGCCUCUUCAUAUCUAUCCCACUCUGUUCAAAUCAUCUAUCUAUCUAUCUAUCUAUCUAUCUAUCUAUCUAUCUAUCUAUCUAUCUAUCUCAGUCCACUUCAUAUCUAUCUAUCUAUGUUCAUAUUUAUGCCUCUUCAUAUCUAUCUCAGUCCACUUCAUUAUCUAUCUAUCUAUCUAUCUAUCUAUCUAUCUAUCUCAGUCCACUUCAUAUCUAUCUAUCUAUCUAUCUAUCUAUCUAUCUAUCUAUCUAUCUAUGUUCAUAUUUAUGCCCCUUCAUAUCUAUCCCACUGUUCCAAUUCCAUUCAUCUAUCUAUCAUAUCUAUCUAUUCAUCUCAUUCAUCUAUCUAUCUAUCUCUCUCUCUCUAUCUAUCAUUCAUCUAUCUAUCUAUCUAUCUAUCUAUCUAUCUAUCUCAGUCCACUUCAUAUCUAUCUAUCUAUCUAUCUAUCUAUCUAUCUAUCUAUCUAUCUAUCUAUCUAUGUUCAUAUUUAUGCCUCUUCAUAUCUAUCUCACUCUGUUCCAAUCUAUCUAUCUAUCUACCUAUCUAUCUGUUCAUAUUUAUGUCUCUUCAUAUCUAACUGACUUUGUUCCAAUCUAUCUAUCUAUCUAUCUAUCUAUCUAUCUAUCUAUCUAUCUAUAUAUAUAUAUAUAUAUAUAUAUAUUUCAGACCACUUCAUAUCUAUCUCUAUAUAUCUUUCUGUUCAUAUCUAUCAGAUAUCCACUUCCAUAUCUAUUCAUCUAUCUAUCUAUUAUCUAUCUAUCUAGUCCACUCCAUCAUUCAUCUAUCUAUCCCAUCUAUCUAUCUAUCUAUCUAUCUAUCUAUCUAUGUUCAUAUUUAUGCCUCUUCAUAUCUAUCUCACUCUGUUCCAAUCUAUCUAUCUAUCUAUCUAUCUAUCUAUCUAUCUAUCUAUCUAUCUAUCUCACUCCACUUCAUAUCUAUCUAUCUAUCUAUCUAUCUAUCUAUCUUUUCAUUCUCUUUCUUAAUUCUUUGUUUGUUUCUUUUUUUCUUUCUUUUCAACUUAUUCUUCCUUCUUUAAUUUUUCAUUUCAAUCAUUUUCGUUCAUUUUUCUCGUUCUUUGUUAUUUGCAUCUGUUUUAUUAAUUCUCCCCUUUUUCGUCCCUUUUCUCUUUCUUUCUUCUGUAGUAUGAAUCUCUUCCUUAAUUCCUUCUUUUUUCUUUCUUUCCUUCUUUUCGACUAUUUCUCCUCGUAA